CCAUGUGGUAGUGCAGUUACUGAUGGAUUAGAAUAACGGCGGUCGGUGGUAUUAAUGUUAUAACCGCAUGUCCAGCCUGUAGCUUGUGUGGAAUAUCUCGCCAAGUGUUGAUUUUAUUGAGUGAUGAGUUUACCAGUUUAUAUUUGUUCUCAGCCUUUGAUGAGCUGUUAGUUGCAUGCUUCCUAUUAUGUGACAGGCUACAGCUCACAAAGUAUUAAUUCAUCGUGGAUAUCACAGCAGAUCAAUGACGAGGACGAUUUAUCAGCGGGGUUCGUACACGUGUUUGUGACAACUUGUUGACAGCUCGAGUCUGGGAUUACAUCUUCCAUUCCACUAUGCCAGGAAGAAAGGGAAUUCUCCAGUCACAAAACACUUUUUUGGACACAAUCGCAACACGAUUCGACGGAAUCCAUAGUAACUUUGUCCUUGGCAAUGCUCAGGUGACGGGGAAACCCAUCGUGUACUGCUCGGAUGGUUUCUGUGAGCUCACUGGGUAUGGCCGGGCCCAAGUCAUGGCGAAGCGCUGCGCCUGCAAGUUCCUGUUUGGUAAAGAUACGGACAAUGAUGAAAAACAGAAGAUUGAAAGUGCCUUGGAAGACAAAAAAGAAACUAAAACCGAAAUUCUUCUUUACAAGAAAAAUGGCAGCCCAUUCUGGUGUCUCCUGGACAUCGUGCCCAUCAAGAAUGAGAAGCGGCAAGUCGUCCUGUUCCUGGUGUCCCACAAAGACGUAACACGAGACAAAGCCAUCGCCAUGGAUAUACCAGGGACAGACAUUAAUGACAAUGCUGGGGAGAAGGUGGAGAGAGCGGAGGAGAAUCAGUUUCUGGACGAAAUGCCGGAAAACUAUCAUUACCAACGGCGCCAUAGCCGAGCGGUGCUGUAUCACCUCUCCGGACAGUUCGAGAAACAGAACAAGGCCAAGACUAAACUGCAGCAGCUUAAUAGGGUGGGCACCACGAAAAUGCUACAUUCCAUAUCAGGCAAAAUGCCUGAAUACAAAGUACAGGAAGCCAAAAAGUCCCGCUAUAUCAUAGUGCAUUAUGGGAUAUUCAAAAUCGGCUGGGAUUGGUUGAUUCUGCUGUGCACAUUCUACAUCGCCAUCAUGGUGCCAUUCAACGCCACCUUUCAGGGAAAGAGGCGAGCAAGACAUUCCAUGUACUCCGAUGUUGUCGUAGAAAUUCUCUUCAUCAUAGACAUAGUAUUAAACUUCCGCACAUCGUACGUGAACAAGAGCGGACAGGUUGUAUAUGAAUCUCGCAUGAUUGCCAUGAACUACAUCAAGGGCUGGUUUCUCCUGGAUCUGCUGGCAGCCAUUCCCUUUGACCUCCUGUAUGCUGUACAGAUCAACACAAAUGCUGGAUAUCAUGUCGGCACCCUCAUCCAUCUGCUGAAAGUGGCGAGACUGCUGCGGCUGGCCAGGUUGUUACAGAAGCUGGAUCGCUACUCCCAGUACAGCGUCCUCGUCCUCACGCUACUCAUGUCCAUGUUCGCGCUGGCUGCUCAUUGGAUGGCCUGCAUCUGGUUUGCCAUCGGCAAGAAUGAAAUUGAAGAUAAUCCAAUGAACCGGACUGUUGGGUGGCUGUAUGAACUAGGGCACCGCAUUGAGAACCCGAUUGUGAAUCACACCAUUGAAGAGCUUGAUACCAUGACAUCGUAUGUGACGGCACUCUACUUCACCUGCAGCAGCCUCACCAGUGUGGGUUUUGGCAAUGUUUCUGCCAACACAAACAUUGAGAAAAUAUUCUCAGUGUGUGCUAUGCUUGCUGGAGCCAUGAUGCAUGCUGUCAUCUUCGGUAAUGUCACUGCAAUAAUCCAGAGAAUGUAUGCCCGGCGCCAAAACUUUCACUCCAGAACAAAGGACCUCAAAGAUUUUUUCCGUACCCACCACAUCCCCAAAACUCUGAAACAGCGAAUGCAAGAAUACUUCCAAACCAUGUGGUCCAUGAACAAUGGCAUUGACCUUCAUGAGAUUUUGAAAGACUUCCCUGAGGAGAUGCGUGGUGAGAUCGGACUUCACCUGAACCGUGAGAUUCUCUCCCUUCCCAUCUUUGAGAGUGCCACCCAGGGCUGCCUGAAGUCGAUCACCCUGCAGACACGCCGAAUCUUCUGUGCCCCAGGGGAAUUUCUCCUCCACAAGGGCGACGCUGUCAACUACAUCUACUACCUCUGCAGCGGUUCCAUGGAAGUCCUCAAGGAUGAGAUGGUCGUGGCUAUCCUCGGAAAAGGCGACCUGUUCGGUACUGACAUUGCAUUCGAGGAACCAAUCAGCAUCUCAGCCUGUGACGUGCGAUCACUGGCGUACUGUGAACUUCUAUGCAUCAACCUUAAGGGUCUGCUGGAUGCACUUGCCCUAUAUCCAGAAUUCUCUGAAAAAUUUGCUCAAGAAAUUCAACAUGACCUCACAUACAACUUAAGAGAAGGUCAUGAUGACUCAUCCUCUAUAGUCACAACGGAGGAUGAGGAGGAGGAGGAGGAGAGCCCCAUCGCCCCUGUCAUCACGCUGCCCUCCAUCUCAGAGGAUGAAGAGGAAAACACAGAUGACGACGAUGAUGAUGGCAAGGCUGGGGGCAUCAUCAACAAGCUUCAGUUCGCUGACGAAGACACUGACCAAUCAGACACACGAGAUCAUUCGUCGUCAUCCCCGCUACUCAACCAGUCUGACAGCAGCUUACAUACAAUUGUCCCAAAUGGAGAUUUGCAGGGAUUAUCGAGCUCUCAUCUCGCCGGACAGAGUAGACUCCCGCGGUGGUUUGCCACCCAACCCCGCCCACAUCAAAGGACCGACAUGGAGAAAGAAGAUGUUCUUCCAAACAGAAAACCAAGUCUUGCCACAGCAGAGAUGCGCUUCCCCACAGGUGGUGUGAAGCGGUACAGACAGAAUCGUGGUGGUGGUGCUGCAUCUAAAAUACGCGGAGGUCGACCUAUGCCUGUUUUAAGUCAAGUGUCCAACCAGCGGUCCCAGGAGGCAGUCCUUGUCCACAGCUUACAGGUAGAGAUGGAAGGAACUAGGAAUGCCGUCGAGACGUUGGAACACCGUAUAGAUGCCAUGUCUCGGGAGGUCAAAAAUAUAAGUCAAAAUGUGGACUACAUAUUGAAAGCUAUCAACUCACUGUCAAUGCCCUCCGAGUCACCAUCACCUUCCGGAAGACAGCAUUUCUCUUACGGCCAUUCACCUGACACGGACGCUUCAUCAUUAACAGCACAGGUGGGAUCCCGCCACAAUAGUUACAGUGACAGUAUACCCCACAGUCAUCCAGGGCGGUCCUCACUCUCACCAGCCUCCAGUGUCCAUGGAAACAGCCCAGGGGAGGCAACUCAUGGCGGUGGCAAAGGGGGGAAUUUGGAAGCAUUAUCAAUCAGGACAUUGAGGCAUAAGAGGCCUGAUGAUGCUUUAAACAUUGCAGCCAAACAAAAACUAGGGCUACCAUUUUCAGAUCCACAUUAUCGUAAAAAUGACAAUUUGCAUGAACUUCAACCGUCAACUAGUGCUUCUAAAGACAGUUUUCAGUGCCAGUCAGAGACAGGGGGAUCAACACCGAGUCCGUGCUUUCAGGAUAGGAGAGACUUUGCUGAAUUUGAAGGCAAAAAGGGUGUGGCAUCAGCAGCUCAUCCCAGCCAAUCAGAGGCAGUGUUUAACUUUGUCAACGAACUCACAGAGCCUAAGACAAAAAUAUUUGUCAGUCCUGAAGAUGUUUCCCUGGAGACAACUGAACUGUGAUACAUUGUCAGAUUGUGGUCCUCAGCCGACACUUGUCCUAUUUGUACUUACAUUGCCUCAUUGUUACAAUUUCAUCUUUGAUCGUCACUGGAGAGAGAAGUCAUUUAAGAGAUUUUGCAAGAUUAUGAAGACGUUAAAAAUUUACCACACUGUUAUUUCAAAUGGCACUUCAUUCUUACCGUUACUGUUUUAAUACUGAAAAUCUGUAUCUCAAGAACAAUCCCUGAUGUGUUAAAUUUCUACAUUUUACAAAGGAAAAUGUAAAGGUGCAGCGUCUCUUUACUGAAGUUUUUCUAGAUGAAAAAUUUCUUCACAGGACAUAUAGUUCCUAAUGUAGAAGAUUGGGUUAAGUAAAUGGCUAAUCCAAAGCAGGCUUCACCUGAGAUUUCAUUUAGGACAGCCUAUCUCAGUGGUAUCAAACACUUGAUACACUUAAGAGCUUGGCGUAACAAGGCUUUCUCCCACAGUGGGAAGCUAAUUUCAACAUCAACACAAUGAUGUUUCAUAUAUUUAGCACAAAAUAAAACAUACUUAUAAUUGAAAGUCUGGAUCUUUUUUCAAUUCUCUUACCACUAAAUUUUGUUAAAUAUUAAAAGCACAAACUCAUUUAAAGUUGCUAUCAAUACUGAUAAGUUUUUGAAAAUACUAUAAUCAAAACCUGUUUAAACUAUAUGAGUAAAACUCGCGUUCCCACCUUUUUCUUUUUCUUUCGCCAACUACUUAACAUUUGAGGAAAUAAAAAACAAAUUGAAAUUUGAACUUGUUAGAAUUUUCAAAUACCGUACAUGGACCCUAAAACUUUGGACUAAAAUCCAUAAGCAAAAUUGAGAAAAAAGGUCUGGCUAAAUAGAAUGUAAUAUCUACAUAUGAAGAUUGAAAAAACCUGUGAUGUUCGUGAAUUGACGCUGCACCUUUAGACCUGUGUCACAGCUUGAAUACAGAUUCCUCUGUUACCAUCACUGCCAGCAGCAUGACAACUGUGGUGGGAACACUGCUGGGCAUUUCAUUCAUCUCACCAUGUUGUAGAUGAGUGUUUGCCAUGUUGAAUUUGUAGUAUAUUUACUUCAUGUUUGUGUCAAGGUUCUCAUGAUCGAUAAUGUCACUGAUUUUCUUCAGCUUGUCAUUUAUCACUGUUUGUAUGAACUUUAAAUGUGGUUGUCAUUACAAUGCCAGUUUGCUUCAUGAAAUACUCAACAUAAGACUUCACAUCAGAGGUGUUCAACUCGGCAUUAAAUACUCAUCAGAAGACCUCACAUUAGAGGUGUUCCACCUUUCAUUAAAUACUCUUCAGAAGACCUCAUUUAUGAGGUGUUACAAUAACCCUUCAGUUUUCAGUGGAUAAUUCACAUGUUUAUGUGUAUUGCAGUUUGACAGAUUAGUCAACAAGCAGCAUUGUGGGCUGUUAUUACCAUGUUAUCUCAGCUGAAGGAUUUCAAGUUUUUUGCUUAAUUCUUUAGACAGUUCAAGUCAUGGAUGUUUCCUGUUUUAAGGAAGUUCCUGCUUGUUAUAUCAGCAGUGACUACACACUACUACAGCUGUUACCAUCAUUAAGUCUUGACCAUUCCACCAACACACCUACCUACCUACUCACCUUUCCCUACUCUUUGUGCUUGCCCACUGCUUGCAGCUUGUCAUACAAGUCUAGAUCUGUGAUUCUGCAAAUACAAGCAUCUUACCUACUAAUUAGGAAUCUUACUGAAUUCAUUUCUGAUUAUUUGAGAUAAAAUGAACCUAUAAUUGUCGAAACAUCAGUUUGAACACAACAGAGACUUGUGAUGUGUUGAAAUAGAUAACAUACAGACAUCUUGAACACACAUGGGAACAGUGAGCUGUUUCCAACAAUACCUUAAAGGAAACUAAGUGACAGUAAUUAGACCCGUACGCUUGGUCUGUGCUGAAUAUCCCUGACUGAUUACAGCAGUGAGGGAUCAGGUUGAGAUUGUCACAUCUACCCGCACAUAUACCACUCAGACAUAAGACGUCAUGGGUGGCCAAGGUGUCGGAGGCGCCACAGUUCACCGAGUUGUGUUUCUUGAGAGUGCUUGAAAUCUUAAAUCAAAUCCUUAGUUACCUCCAUUGUGUGUUUCUGAUUUUGUAGGCACUUUACCCGCUUCCCCAAAUGGUCAGCAUCUGAGACCUCUAUGACCUAAUGCUUCCUUCCCACAUCAAGCUGGAAUUCUGUUUAAAGUGGCUUUCAGCCCAAUUCAUUCAUUUAUACAUGUACUUUAUAACAUCCAGGUGUAAAAUCUCAAUCAAAUGUUUCAACUGCAUUACAAUGUUUCAUUCACAAUUUCCAAUUUCUUUCAAGUUAACUGAUUAGUUUAAACUUUCCCUGUAAACUUUGUAUAAGGUUGUGACUUAAAAAUACUCAGCCUUGUUAACUUUCUACAUAUUUUGAAAAAAAAAAGAUAUUUAAAAAAGAUGUGUCAUUAAGAUAUUUUAAAUAUGUGAUGGUUCAUUUGACUACCUCUUGUUCCUUGAUGUUAGAUGUCCAUGUGGAUUUAUCAAGUGUUGUCAUGGUUACUGUAAGUGUUCAUGAUGUCAGUUUUAUCAGUAAUAUCAGACUUGUCUAUCCAGCUGGAUGAUCAUGUCAAUCAGGAUUGGCAGAAAAGUUAAUGUUCAGACUUUAUGAAGUAAAUAUCUAAGGCCAUUUGGCUAAAUUGUUAGCAUUGUGUCAUUUUAUGAGUGCUUCUGGCUACAGCUGACUUAGCAAGUCUUGACGUCUGUUGUGAAGCAUGAAUAUGUAAGAGUUAUCUCCCUGGAGGGUAAAGUCAUGAUUUAAUGUGGUCCAAAUAUGGUAAACUACAGUGUUACUACUGACACAGUGACAUGUAUAUGUACUGGAACAUCCCUCAGACGAUUCCAUUUAUGAUUCUUGAAGAUUUAUAUUUCCUGGCUAUAUCUGUUGUUGUUACUGAGGGCCCUAAACAUGGAUUUCCUAUCCACAGGACCACCCUAUUAAUAAUAUACUAACACUUUUUUUAAAAUAUUAUAAAUAAUAUAUCGUAAAAAUAGUCAUAAUUAUGUGUUUAGAAAUCCAGUUGUAGUUUUUCUGAAGGAUUCCCAUGGUUUACCCAUCCUGUAUCCAUCAUUACCGUCCUUUUACCAUCCUAUAAUCAUUGUUAUCGUCCUAUUUCCAUCUAAGGUGAGUAAAUGUUGCUUUAUGCCAUCAGCAACUUUGUGGUUAUUUACAGCUGUCUAGGUAAGGAAACAGGCUAAUUCAACUUAUGCAUUAUCAUAUUUCAACAGUUUCUGCAUAUGUUCUGCACUAGUUUACACUGAAGCAAUUCACUGUCCAGAGUUGCCUCCCUCAUAUGUGCCAGGAUCUAAUGAUUGUGGGCUCAAAUCUCAGACUUUUACUCUUGGUUUGUCAGCUCCCAACAAUUUGGUUUCACUAAGUGAUAAACUACGACCCUUUAUAUCAAACUGAUGCAUUAAGAUAUUAACUGAAAUAGUGCUUCAUGUGCUGAAGCUAUAUUAGAACUUACCUCACUCACUCACUCGUCACAGUUACGAAAUGUAUUAUAGUUGUAGAUGCUACCUGGAAAUUGACCAAGUCUAAAGGGUUAAAUGCCAUGGUGAACACUGUUACAAGUGCACCAAGACAGCCUGUGCUGUGGAAUCCUGCCUGUUGCAGACAGCCAUGUGGUUGAUAGCAGGAGCACCUGUUCAUGUCACUGUGAUACCAUGGCUGUAUUAUAGGUAUAAAACUGGCUGUAUUACAGGUGUACGAACAACAUGCAUGUUCACGGAUCUACUUUGGUUUGGAUAUGAAGACUACUCUAGAUGGAUUAACGACAUAUUCUGGCGAAAUGAGUUUCAUCAGUUCUUGCAGAGUUCACUUUUGAGCAGGACACUUCAUCAUUUUUCAAACAAGUAUAUUUGUUUAUUUUAUGUUCUAUUACGGGAAAUAUUGUUUUCAUUUUAAGUAUUAUGUAUAGAAAUAUCUGUUUAUAUAUUUAUCAGCCCUGUUUUCCAAGUUGUUCCUGAGUGUUGGCGGCUACGUUCAUGUGAUAUUGACCCCUGGGUAAUGUUUGUCCAGUUUCUUGCAUGGCGAGGUUGGUGGGGGGUAGGUGUUGCACCUGGAGAACAAACCCUACAGACACUUACAGAUGUUCCACACUCAACAGACAGUCCACAGAUCUCUACUAUCUACAGACACUGCUCUCGGGACCCACCCCUCCAAGUACUCAAUAGAUUUUCAUACAGACGCUCAACACACUAUAUUAAGAAACUUUACACACAUUCAAUUGACAUUUCCACCCCACAUGGCCCCACCUCAAUCCCACUGAGCCCUACACUCCCCUUCCUGCCCCACUAUGGAUCACCACGGUCACCCCUUGGAGACCCUCUUUGGAGCCCUAGCCUCCCCAUUCAACUUGGAGCCCCAUCUUAGUCAUCUUAGUGCCCCCUAUGGCUCUAUGGAGAACACACACACAGCCACGUACCAACCCACCCAACCCCAUCCUACUUGGGGCCCUACCCUCCCAGUCCUACUUGGGGCCCCUCCACGGAGCCCCAUCCUACUUGGAGCCCUACCCUCCCAGUCCUACUUGGAGCCCCUCCACGGAGCCCCAUCCACUUGGAGCCCUACCCUCCCAAUCCUACUUGGGGCCCCUCCAUGGAUCCACACCCCACUUGGAGGUCUACCCUCCCAGUCCUACUUGGAGCCCCUCCAUAGAGCCCCACCCACUUGGAGGUCUACCCUCCCAGUCCUACUUGGAGCCCCUCCAUGGAGCCCCACCCCACUUGGAGGCCUACCCUCCCAGUUCUACUUGGAGCCCCUCCAUAGAGCCAUACCCUCCGAGUUCCACUUGGAGCCCCACCCCACUUGGAGGCCUACCCUCCCAGUCCUACUUGGGGCCCCUCCAUGGAGCCCCACCCCACUUGGAGCCCCUUCAUGGAGCCCCCACCCCACUUGGAGGCCUACCCUCCCAGUCCUACUUGGGGCCCCUCCAUGGAGCCCCCACCCCACUUGGAGCCCUACCCUCCCAGUCCUACAUGGAGCCCCACCCCACUUGGAGGCCUACCCUCCCAGUCCUACUUGGGGCCCCUCCAUGGAGCCCCCCACCCCACUUGGAGGCCUACCCUCCCAGUCCUACAUGGAGCCCCAUGGAGCCCCCCACCCCACUUGGAGGCCUACCCUCCCAGUCCUACAUGGAGCCCCACCCCACUUGGAGGCCUACCCUCCCAGUCCUACAUGGAGCCCCACCCCACUUGGAGGCCUACCCUCCCAGUCCUACUUGGAGCCCCUCCAUGGAUCCCCAUCCCACUUGGAGGCCUACUCUCCCAGUCCUACAUGGAGCCCCUCCAUGGAGCCCCACCCCACUUGGAGCCCUAUCCUCCCCAGGCUACGCCAUUCAGAUGAAGUAUUUCCAUGGUGCUACUCCGUGUAUAUAGUAGGACGUUGUAUUGUCAGUACAACUGUUUCUAAUGUUCAAUUUUACAUGUUUAUGUUGUGGUGAAUGUUUAAGUUUUCCAGAUUUAUCAGUGUUAGAUACAGAUAAACAGUUUUGACUUAAUUAAUAUUGCUCAACUUUUGUUAGGGAUCCUAAGAUAUAUUGCACUAUUUACAUGUGUAGAUCUGUAUUGACAUACAGCUGUAACAGGAAUACUGAAUACCUUUCAGAGUGGAAUUAAACCCAACUCACUCACUCGCUACAGCUGUAACAGUGUCUACAUGUGUUCCUUUAUUUUAUGCCAUCAGUAUAUUUGCAUUUCUUUGAAACAAAGCUGACAAUUCACAAUAUCUUGUAAACACAAUUCCUAAGUUAGAACCUGGUCCGUUUUUCAUGGAUCUGAGACAACAAACUAUAUUAUCCCACCGAUCUCUUUUUACAUAUUUGUUUUCUAUCAUCUAAAGUUUCUCGGCUACUCAUGUGUAGUUUUUUAUUCCUGGGAGUUCAUGUUCAUUUACAUGUACAUCUUGUCUAAAUGAUCUGUUCCAGGACAGUAACUGCAAUAGGAAUGAAUUCAGUCAUACUUAACAGUAACUGAAGAAAUCGCUAGAGACAGCCCAUCAUAACCUGUGACAUAAUAUGCCAGUGUUGAGGGGACCUGAACAUGGAACUGAUCUUUGAUUUACAUGUGCAACAAUCAAGAAUAUAGCCCUUGCAGUUGAAGGUAAUAGUUACAAUGUGUCACAAUACAAACUCAGCAUGGUUGCCCUGUGAAGAUCUGGGAGACUAUUUGUUUCAGUGGUGAGAUUUGCAGUGGUGAGAUGUCCUAGAUUCCCAACUGAACCACAUUCAUGUUAGUCACUGGGCACUCUGGUCCAGACUUGAUUAUUUAUGGACUGCAGUCACAUAGCUCAAACAUUGAUAAUUGUGACAUUAAACAACAAACAAAUAGUACUACUAUUUAACUGUAAACCAGUGAAACAGUAGAGUUAUGGACACUUUAAAGUAGCCACAGCACUGAGGGGAGAUAACUCUGGAGCGGAGAUUCAGUCUUAACACUGCUUUAGCUUCACCCAGUCAGACACAAGUCACCUCAUUUAUCUGUCUGGUUUUACCUCAUGUGUUUACUUCAGUUUUAUUUUGCUUACAUUUAAAAACACAUACUUUUUGACAAAGUGUGGUAUCUUUGUGAGUUGCACUGAAAUAAACUUACAAUCACCUUGUCAUCAUUCCUAGUAAUGGUGUUAUAAUUGCUGGUUGAUAAACUCAAUGAUUUAUGAAAGAAGAAAUGAAGAUCUGUAAAAUAUACUUCAUUUGAACAGGUUGGAAACAUUUAAUGACACGGAGUCAAGGAUGUGCAGACAAAUGUGUGGGGUUGUAUCCCUUAGGUGUCCCACGAUGAUAGGCUGACUAUCGUCCCACAGGAAUGGGUUACACAAGGCUGUCCACCUCUAUUAUGAUUGUUACUUCUGAUAUACAAGACUUAAACUGGCAUAAUCAACAUUAGAGACAUGCAUCCAUGAAAAUAAAGCUUCCUGAACAUGCCUAAGUUCUUGCACUUAGUCUGGGAGGUGGGGUAGCCUAGAGGUUAAAGUAUUCGCUCAUCAUGAAGACCUCCGUUCAAUCCCCCACUUGGGUACAAUGUGUGAAACCCAUUUCUGGUGUCCCCUCCGCUGGAUUAUUGUAAAACUAAACUCACUCACUCACUCUUUGCACUUCCAAGACCAAUUUAGAAUCAUCAACUGCUUCUGCUGAUUGUGUGACAUCAGUCUGUGAUAUCAAUCCGUGUCCAUAAAGGCAAUUCUCAGAAAGAUAAAUAAAAAAAAUGUGAUGUACGUCUAUACAAGUAUAUUUUCAAAACAUGCAUUUCAAGGGUUUUCUUCUGCUAAUCUGCUAAUGUGUAGGUUAUACAGUGCAUGAUGUUGGUUCAUCCAUGAACCAUAUCACACACAUGUUAUCUACCAACAGAUAUAUGUGUUAUCUACCAACAUAUACAGUGAAACCUGCCAACACCGGCACCUGUCUUAACAGGCACACUGUCAAAACCGGCAUAAAAACUUGGUCCCGCCAUUUUACAACGAUAUUAUGAUAAUUAAAACAUUGUCUAAUCCGGCACCUGUCUAUUCCGUAUUACGGCAUGACUUUCCUGUCCCAACAUGCAAUUUUAACUGUACUUAAAAGUUAACACUGUCUAAACUGGCAUGGGUAGGAGCGGUCUAAUCAAGGACUCGUAAUCCAAUACACUAAUUAAUCCUCAGGGCACGCCAAAUAAUCUCGGCACAUUAUAUUAUAGAGAUAAAGAGACUGACGAGUGUAACUGGCAGCCAUGUUUGAAAAUGAUGUAACUGUCUAAACCGGCAUUUUAUUUCGGUCCCAUGGGGUGCCGGUUUAGACAGGUUUGACUGUACAUGCGUUAUUCACCAAGUUAUCUGUAGACAUGCAUGUCAUCUACCUUUCAGUAUCAGCUUUAUUCCCGCUCAGUUACAUGCCUACUCUGGGGUUGCUUAGCAACGCUGUGAACGGAAACUUACACUCAUGUUGAGUCUCGAGAUUGCGAUCGCAUACGCAUUAAAUUAAUUUUUUUAAGGUCAUAUUUUAAAAGUGACCAUGAAGUGUUCAUUCCAAGUUCUGCUUAUGCUUGCAUUAUCCUGCUAUUAUUUUCUAGGAUGUAUACAAUGCGGAUGUCAUAUACAGAAAGGGUAAUCCAUUGUGAUUUAUUAAGGUCAUGUGUUGCUUAACAUCUUCCAGUCUCUAGGUAUAGCUUGAUGGCAACCUUAAAUUAUGUUAAUUUUAAAACCAGAUGUUGUUUAAAUCAGUGGUAGACUAUCAUGGUAAAUCCUAAACAAUAGGAUAGUUUAUUAACCCAGUGAUGAAAUGGUUAUCCUGUCAGUUAUACUGAGGAAAGCAAUGAACUGUACAAGGCAUCCUCAAACAAUGGUAAGUUUAUGUUACUUAAGAAUUGAGCAAUUGUACCCAUUCUCUGUCCACCUCAUCUGUAUGAUGGUCUCAGAUAAACCUGUUCUUGUUUCUUGUUGAUCUGGAGGCUUUCCUGUCAUGUUCGCUGUUGACCUUCAUGGCCAUAAGGUUGGCCAUUGUUGAACAAGUCUGUGACAACCCCACACUCACCCAAACUGUAUAUGGUCAUUUUUACAAUGGUAUUAAACCUGAUUAUCAAAAUAA